GUCGUUACACAUGCAUAAGGUGGCAUCUGAAUUUGCGGUCUCAAAUGGAAUUCUUAAGGUGACCGACGAAAAACCAUCUCUUCUAUCAUGUACUUUUUUACCAUCUCCGGUACCAAAAUUAUUACUAUGUCGUGCUCAAUCAAUCCAAUGUGAUUUUAACUUGUUAUAUCACAGGGUUGCAAUGAAUCACGAAUUUCUGGAUGAUGUCUUGAAGCCGUGAGUCUCUUUUAUCAGAUUUCCUGAUUUUCAGCGUUCUUGCUGUUGAUCCUUAUCUUCGCUCAUUAUGGGGUAUAUAUUCACGAAUUCGAACUAACAAAAUUACUCAGGAUAUAGUGUUAGGAUUGAACCGAUCUGAUUAUAUGCUUCAUGUACAAGAAGAUUUAUGCGAUAAUAAACGAAAUUCUCUUACGAACCGGUUACAAAGUACUGUAGUAGCUGCUCAGUCUGAUAUAGAGACUCAAGAUGAAGCUUGGGAUGGUUUGUUGAUUCGACAAGUUGAAUUCAAUAUGAUUGCAUGUAGUUUUUGUGGUCUUGCUCAACGUAUUGUUCCACAACAUCGUAUUUCAUUAUCCUUGCAUGGAAUUUCAAGCGAUUUAAAUAAUCGUGUACCUGAUUGCUUAUCUGCUGAUAGAUUUUCCGAAGCUUUAUUAUCUGCUUGUCGUAUGUAUGUCGAAGAUUGCUCUAGAAGAAAUUUAGUCACAUCAAACAUAUCUAUUCUUGUAGUUGUUGGUAAUAAUGAAAAAAAUAUUUAUGAUCAACGAGCAUUGAUUGGUUGUCUUCUACUGAAAAAUCCUAAAGUGAAUGUGUUAUAUCAUUCAUUUGAUUAUCUAAAAACUGGUCUAAAAUUGGAUCUGAAUUCCCGUUUAUUUGUAGACAAUCAAGAGGUAGCUGUUGUAUAUUUUAGAACUGGCUAUACUCCAGAUGCUUUCCCUGAUGACGAAACAUGGGAUGUGAAAUAUCAACUUGAACGGUCGUUAGCUAUCAAAUGCCCAUGUAUACAAUAUAUGCUUGCCAAUACAAAAAUUGUACAAGCUGCCUUAUCAAAACCGAAAUAUUUAUCUAGAUUUUUUAAACCGGAUAGUUCAAGUUAUUUAAAUAUUUUAUCUACAUUCGCCCAUCAAUAUACAUUAGAUGAAGAAAUGGGAAUAUCGGAUUCCACUGAAAUUCAAUAUGUAAUUAACGAUUGUCUAUUAAGACCAAAUAAUUAUGUUUUGAAACCACAGAGAGAAGGUGGAGGGAAUAAUUAUUUUGGAGAGGAACUUGUUCAGAAAUUAAAGUCAAUUAUGAAUCAUUCUGAAAGAAAACUGUAUGUACUUAUGGAGCGUAUACAACCAUAUAUUUUCGAAAAUUCUAUAUUGAAUUCAACUUCAGCUUCUGGAGAAUUGAAAGUCAAGAAAAUGGUUACUGAAUUGGGUAUUUUUGGCGCAAUUCUUGCGUGUAAAGAUGAAAUCUUUCUGAAUGAAUUUUCUGGUCACCUUCUCCGAUCAAAACCACUGGAAUCUAAUGAAGGCGGAAUAGUAGCAGGUUAUGGUUGCCUUGACUCUCCAUUCCUCGUUUAAUACAUUUCAAUUUGUUUCAGUGAAAUAACAAUUAGAACUAUUUUAAGAAAAUACAUGAUUUGAUAACUUUAUUCAUUAUAGUGUAAAAAAUGGAGACUCC